AUGUGCGAGAUGGGUGGUGGCGAGGUCCUGAAGCUGCGCUACAAAGGCCCGGACACCGGCAACUCGAAGGUCAAAGUCCCCAAGAGCGCUCUGAAGUAUGGCAAGGAGCCGGACUUGGAGGCUGAUCUCGAGGGUGGCAUGGAGUGCGACUACUUCUACGAUAAGGCACAAUGCCAAGUGCCGGAUCUGGCUUCUCUGACCCCGGCUCACCGCGUGAUUGUGCCAGAGAUCUACAUGACCAACGGGAAGUUCCCGGACGUGCGUCAGGGGGAUCAGUUCUGCACGAGGUGCACUGGUCGUCUCGUGACGAAGAAGGAGGGCAACUACAAGUUCUUCCUCGCUUCAGACGAUGGUUCCCUCAUGUACCUGAACGGGGAGAAAGUCGUGGACAACAACGGCUGCCACGGAGAACAGGAGAAGGGCAGUGGCGACAAGUUCCUGAAGCCGGGUGCCCACGAGAUCGUGGUGGACAUGUGCGAGAGGGGCGGCGGCGAGGUCUUGAAGAUGCGCUGGAAAGGGCCAGACAGUGGCAACUCCAAGUCCAAGAUCCCUGCUGCCGUGCUCAAGCACGAGAAGCCAAAGUUCAACCUUGCCGACGGCAUGAAGUGUGAGUACUUCUACGAUCAGUCGCAGUGCCAAGUACCGGAUCUGGGUGCCCUGAAAGCAGCCCACAGCGUCAUCGUGCCGGAGAUCUACAUGACCCACGGGAAGUUCCCGGAUGUACGUCAAGGGGAUCGCUUCUGCACCAGGUGCACUGGUCGGCUGGUCACGAAGCAGGAGGGCAACUACAAGUUUUUCCUGGCAUCAGACGACGGUUCCCUCAUGUACCUGAAUGGGGAGAAGGUCGUGGACAACAAUGGCUGCCACGGAGAAACCGAGAAGGGUAGCGGUGACAAGUUCCUGAAGCCGGGUGCCCACGAGAUCGUGGUGGACAUGUGCGAGAUGGGUGGCGGCGAGGUCUUGAAGAUGCGUUGGAAAGGACCGGACAGUGGCAACUCCAAGGUCAAGAUCCCCACUGCCGUGCUCAAGCACGACAAGGAUGUUCCAGUCGAUCAGUACGGAACCAUUGACGUCCAGGGGAAGACCUACAACAAGUUCUGGUGGUUUACGAAGGGCUCCUCUUGGCCUGCAGGAAAGGCCGAUGUCUUGGGCGAUUCCUUCGGGACCUGCGACGACGGGGAUAAAGUAUGCUUCCAGAGGUUGCCGAAGGUCGAGGAAAAGGACCUAGAGCUCCUCGCGGUCGAUGAUGUGGGUAAUCAGUUCCGGUGGAAGUUUGAUGCCUCGAACAGCGUGGCCCAUGCGGCUUUUGAGGCAUUCAGGCAUGGGAAGACCACUCAGAAGACGCAAGGGCCGGCCUGGGCGCCCGAGGUUCUCAAGGGCUCUGUCACCAGUGGGGCACAGGACACGCUCAUGUACAGGGACCAGGAUGGAGUUCGCUCCUUCAUGUUGGACGACGAUGCCUGCGAUUGCCACUCCACGCUAUCCAUGGGCCAUGCCAUGUGCGGAAGCGGAUGCAACCAGCACUAUGGAAACUGCCAGAUCAAGGGUGGCGUGGACAAGCUUUCCGAUCGGUCCGAGACGGGUGGAGAGGGGUCUGGCUCCAGCUGCACAGGACCUGCCACGGACCACGGCCUCACGCUCUACUUCCACGAAGGAGGAGCAGAUGACGAGGAGAAGCAGGUGGACAUGAACGAGGGUCUCGAGUGCACCUACUACUACGACCAGUCCCAGUGCCGGGUUCCUGACUUGGAAGCUUUGACCCCAUCGAACCGAGUGGUGCUUCCGGAGAUCUUCAUGGAGAACGGGAAGUUCCCCGAAGUGCGCCAGGGCAACCAUUUCUGCAUCAGGUGCACCGGUCAGCUCGUCACGAAGAAGGAGGGGAACUACAAGUUCUUCCUCAGUUCGGACGACGGUUCAGUCAUGUACCUGAAUGACGAGAAGGUGGUCGACAACGACGACUGCCAUGGAGAAAGGGAGAGGGGCAGCGACCAGAAGUACCUCAAGAAGGGAAAGCACAAAUUGGCCGUGAACAUGUGCGAAAUGGGCGGUGGCGAGGUCUUGAAGAUGCACUACAAAGGGCCGGACACGGGCAACUCCAAGGUCAAGAUCCCCAAGUCUGCGUUGAGGCACGACAAGCCCAAGGAUGUUGACCUCGAGGACGGUUUGGAGUGCGACUACUUCUACGAUCAGUCGCAGUGCCAAGUGCCGGACUUGGGCACCUUGAGCCCAGCCCAUCGCGUGAUUGUGCCAGAGAUCUACAUGACCAAUGGGAAGUUUCCGGACGUGCGUCAGGGGGAUCAGUUCUGCACGAGGUGCACUGGUCGUCUCGUGACGAAGAAGGAGGGCGACUACAAGUUCUUCCUCGGCUCAGAUGAUGGUUCCCUCAUGUACUUGAACGGAAAGAAAGUCGUGGACAACAACGGCUGCCACGGAGAACAGGAGAGGGGCAGCGACAAGGUGAAUCUGAAGCCGGGUGCCCACGAGAUCGUGGUGGACAUGUGCGAGAGGGGCGGCGGCGAGGUCUUCAAGAUGCGCUGGAAAGGGCCAGACAGUGGCAACUCCAAGGUCAAGAUCCCGGCUACCGCGCUCAAGCACGUGAAGCCCAAGCUCGAUCUCGAAGACGGAUUGAGAUGCGACUACUUCUAUGAUAAGUCGCAGUGCCGAGUUCCGGACCUGGGUGCCCUGAGCCCGGCUCAUACCGUGAUUGUGCCCGAGAUCUACAUGACCAACGGGAAGUUCCCCGACGUCCGUCAGGGGGAUCAGUUCUGCACGAGGUGUACCGGUCGGCUGGUCACGAAGGAGGGCAACUACAAGUUCUUCCUCGCCUCAGACGACGGCUCUCUCAUGUACCUGAAUGGAGAGAAGAUCGUCGACAACGAUGACUGCCACGGAGAAAGGGAGAGAGGCAGUGGCGACAAGUUCCUGAAGCCAGGUGCCCACGAGAUCGUGGUGGACAUGUGCGAGAGGGGCGGCGGCGAGGUCUUCAAGAUGCGCUGGAAAGGGCCGGACAGUGGCAACUCCAAGGUCAAGAUCCCGGCUACCGCGCUCAAGCACGAGAAGGCACCCAGCAGUUCGGGCUUGCAGAAUGAGGGUGGUGAAGAAGAACAGGAUGGUCAUGAUAAGAUGAUAAGUGAUGCUAUGGGCGAGGCCGUGGUCAAGGCCGGGCCCGCUUUGCCCGCUCUGCUCACUCGAGAGCUGCUAGCGGAAGUGGCGUUUUCGACUAUUCUGACACCGGGCAAUCGUGUGGUCGUGCCCGAGCUCCACAUGACGAACGGGAACUUCCCCGACGUAAAGCAGGGCAACCAAUUCUGCGUGAGGUGUACUGGUCAGCUCGUCACGAAGAAGGAGGGCAACUAUAAGUUCUUCACAGUUUCAGACGAUGGCUCUCUCAUGUACUUGAACGGAGAGAAGAUCGUCGACAACAAUGGCUGCCACGGAAGCAGGGAGAGAGGCAGUGGCGACAAGUUCCUGAAGCCAGGUACCCAUGACAUCAUGGUGGACAUGUGCGAGAGGGGCGGUGGCGAAGUCUUCAAGAUGCGCUGGAAAGGGCCGGACAGCGACAAUUCAAAGGUGAAGAUUCCUGCCCGUGCCCUUCAGCAUGUGGAG